GGGCUUGCGCUCGUGCCCACCCUUCAUGCCGAUAAGAUAGUCCGUGAUAGUAUGAUGGUAACGUUCAUACUUCGUGAAACAAAACUUCAUGCGGCAUAUGAAGCUGGAUAUGAAGCAGGUGCUUUUCUGCAUCACCAUUGUGACUUUGGUGGGCUGCACUGCAGCUCACUUGGAUGCAGAGCAUCACACCCAUGCAUCAUCAACAGAAAAAGUGCCUGUGACAGUACAUGAUGGAAGUCCGUUCCCGCCGGCGGCCACGGCGGCGCUGGACGUGGGGUUCGCGCACGGAUUCGUCGCGGCCUUCUCCGUCAUCAUCGUGUCCGAACUGGGCGACAAGACCUUCUUCAUCGCGGCUAUCAUGGCCAUGCGCCACCCCCCGGCGGUGCUGCUGGGCGCCGUCGCCGCCCUCUUCGCCAUGACCGUGCUGUCCGUGCUGCUGGGCUUCUCGGCCCAGGUGAUCCCGCGCCUCUACACUUACUACAUCUCCAGCGCCCUGUUCGCCUUGUUCGGCUUCAAGAUGCUCUACGACGGCAUCCGUAUGGGUCAGAACGAGGCGCAGGAGGAGUUCGAAGAGGUGCAAACGGAUCUGCGCAAGCGCGAGGACGAGCGCUCGAAGACGCCACUGGAUGUAGAAGCAGGACGAGAGCGACACAGCCCCCUGUCGUUCGUGUCAGGCGUCUUCCUGGAGGCGUUCACGCUGACAUUCCUGGCCGAGUGGGGCGACCGCUCGCAGAUCGCCACCAUCCUCCUCGCGGCUAGAGAGGUCGCCCGCCGGCAGGAUGCGUGGGGCGUGACACUGGGCAGCUUUUUGGGGCAUUCUCUGUGCACCCUGCUGGCUGUGGUCGGCGGCCGUCUCAUCGCGCAGCGGAUUUCGGCCAAAACAGUCACGCUGCUGGGAGGCGUGGUGUUCCUGGUGUUCGCCGUCAGCGCGCUCUUCAUCAGCCCGGACAGCUAGAGCGGCCCGGCCGCGGCGGCUGCCAACACGCGGGCCCACGGAGCCGGUGGAGCGGCCCCCGCCGGCUGACGCGAUGUGCGACACCCCUGUGGGCGGCGUAGAGGCGCCCAAUGCAGCAGCUCCCAUUCCAGUUUGUUGUUUUCCGCCGGAUUUAGAUGAUUGGGAAGUGGGGAGCAGCGGGAUGGUUACUAGAUGUCAGUGGGUCACACAUUUGUUUUAUUUAUUGAUCGUUAUUAGCUGUUGCCGAGGUUGAUAUUUUGAUGACUUAACUAGUCAGCAGCUUCUGACAAAGCAGCCUAGUCAAGGGUGCCGGCGAUAUUGCCCAUCGCCUCGUGUGGGGCACCCAAUGGACGGGCGCGUAGAUAGUGCCAAAGAUCAUAUUACCGAUAUGCAGGAAGAUUCGACAAGAUUCUGGACUCUGUGUCGUAGGCAGCGCAGUGCCGUCCAUCAUGUUCCGUUGCGACGUUUUAUGCCGACCGUUUCAGCUUGACCGAGAUUGUUGGGGCGUCUCGUGUUCACAAGGAGUCCAGUUGGCGGCCUGCUAGCCUGGCGUGGGUCUCACCUUAUGCGUGUGUUAUGGCCCUGGUUCGAGCCUGCAGAUUCGGCCGCGGAAGUACGUCACCGUUGAAUUCCGGGCGGAUGUGCUUGUAACUCAGCAGGCAAACUGAUAUGCCAAUGAACUUGUAACUUACGGUUUUGUCAUUGUAAGGCCGAGGCUCACAUUCGUUGGUUCUUACGCUGCCUGUUCACGCGUGAGACCGAAACUGGCCUGGGCAUCACCAUAGUGGUAUGAACCGACAUUUCGCUGAGAUCAUUGAGUUCUGCAUGUCGUCACACGUUGCUUAGUGUGUUACGCGUGUAGUCUUUGUCUCAUUCAACGUCAGGACGACCGCGAAUAGGCGCUAUUGACCCGGUCUCUGCGUUUGGGGGAACGCGGUGGAUAUGGCACAUACAAUGGAAGUUUCUUGCAGUCAGUUCAUGGCUUCAGGUUGUCACCUUAAAGCUGAGAUGCCGAGAUUCAAAAGCAGGAUGUUUUCAUUGACCCUGUUUUCACUGAAACAAAGCGAAUACCGCAUGGCCUGUGGUUGCUACCUCAGAGGUCGCUCGUUCUACAAACCGGCCUGCUAUCGUUUGUAUCGAGUGGUCCAUAUCCAUCCUGUUUCAUCGAAACCGGAUGGGGUGGUUGUCGAACUUGGUCGAUUUGACAUGGAAUGUUCCGCCCGCCCCCUCCCCCCCCCCCCCCCCGUCCGCAACAGUAAUGGGUAGUCAGUUAAUAACGCUGCGCAGUCGUAUAGUGGGCCGCGCUGCGCCUCAGUGAGCUCGUGAUGCCACUCAGAUGUAACCUAACCCCCGCAAGCUUUAAUCGUUGAUUUUGCAUCUCACAAAUUCUGAAUCGAUACCAGGCACGUGAUCCCCACCCUGACCCUGCCGGCUGGCCGGCCCGGCAGGCGAUGGCGUGCACACCCAGCGAUUAUUUUCUGCGCAUAACCGACCGUCUCGCUGCGCAACCGGAGAGCUGAUUGUCACUGAGGGUGAGUGUGCGGAUGUUGGGUGACCAGGACUGUGUUUGAGUGGCAUUGUGCCGCGCUAUAUUGUCCACGUAGUAGGUGCUGGAUGUGUUUGGGCUUCUAGUUACACGCCUCCAACGACCAGGAUCCAUGUGCUGUGCUGUGAUGUUGCACCGGUCAUUGUUGUGUUCCCAUUGGUACUCCGGAGGCCGGCAGCAUCUGGCGACCGUCACGCUUGUGCCAUAGGCCAGCGGCCAGGCUGGUGACACCGGCCGCGCCCUCGCUCCGCCGCCCGUGUCUAGUGGCCCACCGCUGCUGCGCGUG